AUGGGGAAGCACAAGCACUCGAAAGACAAGCUCUACGUGGUGCAGAGCGAGUAUGCGGCUGACUGGGGCGGCUACAAGGCGAAGGCGCUGCAGCUGCCCUACAAGGCACUCCCCUUCUACUGCUGCGGCCUCUCCCUGAGGCCUUUUGAGGACGCUGUCUGCACUGCUGAGGGCGUCGUGUUUGAUCCCGCGAACAUUCUGCCGUACAUCAAGCGCUACCGGCGAAAUCCUGUGAACGGCAAGCCGCUCGCGGCUGGCGACCUCGUGCCUCUCAAGUUCCACAAAAACGACGAAGGCAAGUUCCACUGCCCCGUGACGUACAAAGUCUUCAACCAACACACGCACAUCGUCGCAAACCGCAAGUCGGGUCACGUCUACAGCUACGAGGCCAUCGAGAACCUGUGCAAGAAAGCAAAAAACUGGAACGACCUCCUCACCGGCGAGCCCUUCUCGCACUCAGACAUCAUCCACAUCCAGAACCCCGCAGACGCCAAGACGCGCUACAUCGAGGGAUUUUACCACGUGCGCGAAGGGCAGGAUGCCGAGGUGGCGGCCAAGGGCGUGCCGGCGGAGAAGGACAGCAUGAAGCCCGCGACGAAGAAGACGGAGUGGAUGGAGCGGAUUCUCGCAGAGGCCGGCGAGAAGGAGGAGGCGCGGAAGGCUGCGCACAACAAGCUCAUCCCCAACAUGUAUGCGGACGGGCAAGGCGAGACUGCAAAGGCGGCGGACGCGACAAACGUGGGCUCAGACGCGCCUCAAGCCGCCAAAAUAGAGGAAAAACACAGCAUCUACACUACGCACAGAAUGGCGGCGGGCUUUACGUCGACGAUUGUUCAAGGCAGCUCGAAGCAGGAGUACCGCGAACUGACAGAGCGGGAACGCAUGCAGCCCUUCUACGACAGAUGCAGAAACCUCAAGAAAAAGGGAUACGUCCGCAUCGUCACGACGCAGGGGAACCUGAACCUUGAGCUGCACGCCGACAUGGCGCCGCGGGCCUGCGACAGUUUCCUCCGGCACUGCGCCUCGAAGUACUACGAAGACACGAUCUUCCAUCGCUGCAUUCGCAACUUCAUGAUUCAAGGCGGACGGGCAGAACUUCGCGAACCGUCCACGAAGGCGGGUCGGAAUGUCAGUUCGCGCUCCAUCAGCGGUUUCCCAGGCGGCGCGCCCUUCGAAAACGAGUUCGACUCGCGCCUUGUUCAUCAAGGCAUUGGCGUGGUCGCCAUGGCCAACGACGGCAGCAAGCGCUCAAAUCUGUCAGAGUUCUUCAUCACUUUCAAGUCGUGUGAGCACCUCAACAACAAGCAUACCAUCUUCGGAAGAGUGGUCGGAGGCUUGGACGUGCUGCGGCGCUGGGAGAACUUGGAGACUGACAAGAAGGACAAGCCCCUCAACCCCCGAAGGUGA